CUUUGCGUCUGUCGUCAUCAGGGACCCUUCGUCUGACGGGAUCCACACAGAUGCUGUGCACGAAUGUAUCUGUAGAAGUGAGAGGUGUCUGCUCUUUCUUCAGAGAUGGAGAAUUCAAACCUGACCUGUGUCAUAUGCCUGGAGCGUUUCCGAAUCCCUGUAACCAUCCCCUGCGGUCACACCUUCUGUCAAGUAUGCAUCACCAUUCACUGGGACACCAAGAGCAAGUCUGAUAUCGGACCUCAGUGCCCCAUCUGCAAUGAGAAGUUUACCGCCAGGCCCGUUCUCAAGCGUAAUGUGUCCCUGUCAGUCCUGACUGAGGCUGCAAGCAGCACCGGCGCCUCCUGCAGAGAGUCGCUCAUGAGGGGAAGCGAAGGGGCGAGAGCCAUGCUGCUGUGUGAUCGGCACAAAAAGCCUCUGGUUUAUUACUGCAGGCAGGACAAAAUGUCUGUGUGCUGCGAGUGUGGCAUCUCUGAAUGCUUGAACCAUGAAAAGGUCUUGUUGGAGGCAGAAAGGGAAAAUCAACAGCUGCUGCUGGAAAGGAAGAGUAAGGAGGUGGGGAAACUCGCUGAAGAGACACAGAAAAGUAUAAAUGACUUGGCUGAGAAUAUCAGUCAAGCUAAGGUGGCUCUUCAGCAGACUUCCACCUGGGUCAAUGUCAAGUUCUCCACCCUGAUAAAAAUACUGGCUGAGAAGCAGGAGGCUACAGAGCUCUUCAUUGAGGAGCAGACAGACGCUGCCGUCAGAGAGGCGGAGGCGCGGCUAGCUGAACUUGAGGAGCGAGCUCAAAGACUCAGAGAGAGCCAGGAACAGAUAGCAGCUGUACAUACCCUCUCUGAUACAGAGCUCAUUAAGGAAUCAACGGUCAUAGAAGUUCCACGUUUCAAGGACAUUCCUACAGAUGUAACGCAAACCCUUCAAGAUCGAUUAAACGGUGUCACAGAUGUCCUGUCCCGAGUCUCCAAGCUGGUGUCUGAGGACCUGGACAAAGCCGUGAGCACCGCUGUGGGUCAGGACAAAGACGGUUCUCCUCAGGAUAAGAGGCCAAUCCUAGCUGUGGUUCCCAGUCCAGCUGCUCCAUGCCACCCCGGUGGGAAGGAGGGCCUCAAUGCUUACCGAUGCUCUCUGACCUUUGACCCUCGCACGGCCAAUGCACACCUGUCUCUGUCCCAGGAGAACCGGAGGGCGGAGCACCUGACCUCUGGUCCACGCCCUGUCCCAGCCCAUGAAGCCCGCUUCGAUCACACUUGGCAGGUUCUGUGCUUUCAGGGCUUCACCCACGGACAGCACUACUGGGAGCUGGAGGUGUCGAAGCCCUGGGCCUACCUCGGGGUAACCUACGAGACCAUCCCCAGGAAGGAGAAGGGCAAGAGGUGCAUGGUGGGUAUGAACGAAUUGUCCUGGAGCCUGCAGCUGGACGAGCAUCAGCUCAGCGCCUGGCACAAUGGCCGGCGUGAGACUGUGGCCGGCCACUCACAGCACAGCCGCAUCGGCAUGCUGCUGGACUACGAAGCGGGGACGCUCACCUACUACGGGGACGGGCAGACCAGGCUCCACGCCUUCCACUGUGCCUUCACCCAGGAGCUGUUCCCCGCCUGCUGGAUAGGAGAGGGGGUCAGCAUCACCCUCUGCUCUACAUGAGCUGACUCACAAGGGAGCUCAGUAAUAAGAAGCACUGUCAAACACGGGCACUAGCUGACUAAACAUAGAGGAUACCCCUUAAA